AUGUUAGCCAAAACGCUGACGGCCCUCGUGGGCCUCGGGACGGCAUCGCUUGUGUUUGCCGCAGAUCCCUACCCCAUUACCGGCGCACCUGUCCCGCAAAACGCUCCUGGCGUCCCGUUGAGAAUGAACAUCAACGACCUCCAGGCCGCAGGGGGCCCUCAAUGGGACCUCUAUCUUCGUGCUCUGUCGGAUAUGCAAAGCGUCAACUACCACGACACGUUAUCUUACUUUCAAAUCUCGGGCAUUCACGGAAGGCCUUACAUCGAGUGGAACAAUACGGGGGGGCCGGCCUACGAUGAUUGGGGAGGAUAUUGUCCCCACGGCGAGCAACUUUUUCUGUCUUGGCACCGCCCCUAUGUGCUUCUCUUUGAGCAAGUCCUUGUUAGUCACGCCAGGAGGAUCGCUCAGACAUAUCCUCCGAGAUAUCGUCAGCAGUACAUACGGGCUGCUGAGAGUCUACGCUCGCCGUACUGGGACUGGGCGGCCGGAUCUGGAGUCCCUUCAGCUACAGUCCCCGCCAGGGUGACUGUCAAUUAUCCAAACGGACAAGGCCUGCAAAGACGCCAAAUCGACAACCCUCUUUCUACGUUCAAGCUUCCACAGGCGGUCUUGGGCGGCGAGUAUGGAACCUUUGACACGGAUGAUCGGCCGCGGAUUUUGCACUGCCCUGCGCCCGGCAGCUAUCCGGCGUCGGCUAACAGCUUGAUGGCUCAAAGGCCGUAUCGGCAAUGGGUGUAUGAUGUUUUUACUCGUGCGACAAACUUCAGCGACUUUGCGACACAGAGCAAUACCAUUGUGAGCUUGGAGGUCAUUCAUAAUAGCAUUCACUGGGACGCCGCGUGCGGCCAGCAGUUUGUCAUGCCAGACUUGGCGGGCUUCGAUCCGCUUUUCAUGCUUCACCAUUCCAACGUCGACCGGCUGUGGUCGUACUGGCAGGCAUUGCGCCCUGAUCAGGCCAUCUUCUCAGAACCGUACGCCGGAGCAUCUCGCUUCACGACGCCGUCAGGAACCAUUAUCACCCCGAGAUCCCCCCUAGAGCCCUUCUUCGCCCGCGGCCGACUGGAGUAUUGGGCCAAAUCUGAAGAGCAGAUGAGGCAGGACACGACAAGACUCAUCAACAGCCUAUACGCGCCAAACGCCGGUGCCUUGCAGCGCAGACAACCACAGCAGAGCAGGAGGCGGUACUUUGCCCGUAUCCGCUUCGACCGCGCCCACGUGCCCAAGCCAUGCCAGAUCGAGGUUUACGUGCGUGGCCAGCAUGCGUCGAGCAUAGUGGUGGCGGCUCAGCCUGCACGGGGUUCCAUGUCGGCCGGCCUGCCGCUCGACAAGAUUGUCCAGGCUGCCGAAGUCAAGGCCAUGUCAAAUGACGCAACAGCCGGCCUUCUUCAGUCAGAUCUAACCGUCAAGAUCGUCAAACUGGAUGGCAGCUCUGUCGACUCGGUUCCAAGUCUUGAAGUGAAGCUAGAGGACGUCCAGAUUACUCCUUCGGCCAACCGAGACGAAUUUCCCAAGUACGGACCCUCCAAAUUAUGGCGGAUAGAUGCUAGGGCUGCCCUUCAAGGUGGUGAGAGCAAAUCGUGA